AUGCCUCCGCAAAAAAAGAAGAGGGGCGAAAGUGCAGGGAAGGAGAAACGGCAACCUGUCCGCCGUGACCCUGAGAAAAGACGGCAACAGAAUAUUGAAGCCCAACGAAAGUAUCGGGCGAAGCUACGUGAGCGCCUUCAACAUCUCGAAGCAGUUGCAGCAGGAGUGACGAGCAUGGGCACACCUGAACAACUGAUGACGCCCGAAGUACCCACCACUUCAACUGGCCUUAUUGCAACGAGCCCAGCGGUCUCUGCUGCCUCGAGCAAAUUUACGUCCAGUCCAUCUGUGGAGACUCCAGGGAUAUCACAAUAUCUCGUUUCCCAAGCCGACAACAACUUUUCAGCACUAGGCCCAUGGGAAACUAUCGCCGAUUCUGAGUUCGAUGACCCAUCAUUUGGUAUAGGUGUAUGGGAUGCAUCAACGUAUUUUGACCCGCUUCCGAAUCACGAGUCAUCGGAUUUGAAUGAACCUGGCCCGACAACAUGCGUUGAUCCGUCAUUUCUCGUUCGCGAUAACCAUGAUUGGGGCGUAGUCAAAUACUGGACCACCACCAUAAAAUGUGGCUGCUCUACCCGACACAUUCAGAUUCGGACAAGUGGCGUCGAGCCGUCUGUUUUGAAUAAUGUCAAGAUACUGACACUUGGGUUGCCUGCAAUGCCAGCAGAUCCAUAUGCAAACAACCUUCGUAUCGAGACAUUCUGCACUGUCGCUGCUCUACACACCAUUGGAAUGCAACUUGGUGUUGAUGAGGAGGUUCUUUGUGCCGAUGAAUCUCUGUCGCAAUUUUUCCGGUUCACUGCGGGCUCGGUGGACUUAAUGAACCAAUCGAACAUUAUCAAGUCCGUGCAACAAACUUUCAAGUCACUGAAGCCGGACUUAAGGCCGAGUAGAGAGCAGAUUACGGUCAAGCAUCAUCCAUGCAUAGACAUUCUACCUUUCCCAACAUUACGCAAUAAUUUCAUUACUCAUCAAGAUGAGUUUGACGAAGAUGAGCUUUUCAUGGACGUCUUUGAUGGCUUGGUGUGCUGGGGAGGUGCAGGUAUUGGGAAGAGGGACCGAAACAUUAAUACUGGAAUUGUCUCGACAGGCACGCCGUGGGAUGUGCGGAGUUGGGAGGCAAAGGAAUGGUUUUUGAAAAAAUAUUGGAUUUUACUAGGUGGAGAGGACGGUGAACUUGUGCGGCAGAGUGAAUGGUGGCGCAGCAUCAGGGGAGAAGAAACGCUAAGCCUUGGACAGCCUACUUAG